AUGCGUGCGGUCGAGCUGUUCACGAAAGACUCGAAAUUGCCACCAGAGCUGCGUCCACUGCGUUAUGACGUCAACAGCGUGACACACUUCGGCGAUAGGGAAUUCAGUAAAAAUGGCCACCGAACAAUAAUAUUUAAGGACCACAACGUCCAACAAAACCGCAACGGUCUCUCCGAACUGGACUUACGGAAGAUCGAGAUAGUCUACGGCCCGGAGUGCCUGAAACGGGAGCGACAGGAGAAGAUCGAACUGUGCCAGAACUAUCCAGGAGUCGCCAGGAGGAAGCGGGAGAUUGACAUAUCCGUGGGGGGGGCGAGUCUACGCGUCAACAGAGAUAUCACCGCACCUCCCGCGAUUAAUACCACGGAAGCACUGAGCGCCUUAGCUCAAUUAGGAGUCGAAAACGAGGCACACGAUAUAAAAGAAAGAGUUCACCAACUGUCUUCUAGAGCACUAACGAACGCUCAGGUAAAGUAUUGCAACGGCACAGCGCCGCAUCUAAGGUCCGAUGGAGAUACGGGCAGUGAUGGGGCCGACCCGUUAGGCACGGUGGAACUGCUCGCUGACUACGCUAAGUCGAUUGUGGAUCACGCGGGAGAAAACACCAAGUCGUUCUGCGAGGCGGCCGACUCCUUGUACGUAUAUCAGCGAACGAGAUGCAUUUACGAGGGGUAUGGCGGAUGCAGGGGCUACAGAUCCACCAAAUCGGGCGACGUCAAACAUUCGACGCAGCACAGACCGACCUACCAGUAUCCGACGAAGCACCCGAACAGAGAGAGCAAAUAUGAACCGAUGUCGUACAGAACGGGCAAUAAUAGCGAUGCAGACAAAGUUAGAAGGAAGAGGGAAGCUGCAACAGUUGGGGAUGCGAUUUGGUCGAAAGAAAAGGAAAAGACUAAUGGAAUCGAUGUGAAAUCGAAACCAACGGCAUCUCCAACCGAUAAAACAGUGUCAGAUGCAAGAAGGCGUUUCAAGGAAAUCCCAUUCAGCGUUCACAAACACAAGAAAAGCGCGAAGGAGAAAGUGUACGCGUCUGAUUUGUCCCUGGAGGGUGAGCAAGGAAAGUUAUUUAAGAAUAAUCGACCGGCAGCGAAUAUCCGUUUAGCACAGAGGAAGAAGAAAAUGAACGGCGAACGAAGGAAGAGAGAAGCCUCGGCGGUAACAACUUCCCAGCCGGAUGAAGUCGGACAAGCUGAGGAUGUCAAUAGGAAAGAAACAUCUACGGACAACCUUCCGACAACAGAUAAGGGCCCGGCAUCAGAUCAAAUCACAGUCAGCAACCGAAGCGAGACCGGAGGAAGAAGAAAAUUCAAGGACACCCAAUAUCGCGUCUACAAAGGGAAGAAUAAUGAAAAGAAACGAACUUACGCAUCGGAACUGUCGCUGGAGAGCAAACAAGUGAAAAGGUUUAAGAAAAUCAACCGGGGAACAAGAACAGCCAAGCAGAGGAGUGGGAGACGAGGCAUGAUUCGCGAUCCAGCAGACAGAGUUAGGAGGAAGAGAGAGACUGCGCCAGACGAGAGUCCAGUACAGGCGAAUGGGGAUGCUGACGAAGACGUGGCUAAAGAGAAGACCGAUAACGACAGUCCAUCGGCUGACGCGGCUGCGGGAGUAGACCAAACGGUCGAGGGGAGAAGACGAUUCGGGGACAUCCCGUUCAACGUUUACAAUAAGAAGAAGAACGGAAAAGAAGAGGGUUACGCUUCCGAUCUAUCGCUAGAGGAUAAACAAGAUAAAGCGUCGAAGAAGAAUAGACAGAUGAAAUCGCAUUUGACGCAGAGGAAGAAGAAACGCGGUGAAGACCGGUCAGAAGAGACGAGGCCGGUGAGUGAAAGAGACAGAACGCCCCGCAAAGCCGCACCGAGGACUGUGGAACUGUCAAAGGAUAAUGAGGAGUUCUAUGCAGAGAGACGCUGGCCUGACGGGAUCGUAAGAUACAUGAUAAAAGACAUUCCCAAAUAUGACCUUGACGACGUCCGCUACCGUUUGGAGGAGGUAAACAAGAUUUUGAAAGAGAAAACCUGCACUCGCCUUAUGGAGAUAACUGAUGACGAGAGGAGUUUAUUCGAAGACUACUUGGUACUGGACAACAGCCCCGACUACGUCACGGGCAGAGUCGGUGGUAAGCAGUGUGUCGCCGUAUGGAGGAAAGGAGACGUCGAAGUAAUCCCGAACGAACAAGGUAACAGGACAACGCCAUCUUACGUCGCAUUCACGAACCGCGAGCGCCUUAUCGGCGAAGCGGCGAAGAACCAAGCGACCGCGAACGCCGCUAACACGAUUUUUGGCGCGAAACGCUUGAUCGGGCGUCGCUAUGACGACGUCGCGGUGCAAAUGGACAUGCGUCAUUGGCCGUUCAAAGUGGCGAGCGACGGCGGUAAGCCGAGAUUCGUUGUGUGCCACAAGACGCAGAGGCGUACGUUCGCGCCGGAGGAAAUAAGCGGCAUGAUACUUUCCAGGAUGAGGGAGGCGGCCGAGGUGUAUUUGGGGCGGGCGGUGGGCGACGCCGUGGUGACGGUGCCCGCGUAUUUCAACGACGCCCAGCGGCAGGCGACGCGGGCGGCGGGCGCCAUAGCGGGCCUGAACGUGCUGAGAAUCGUCAACGAGCCAACGGCGGCGGCGCUCGCCUACGGAUUGGGCAGGCACGCGAAGGGCGAGCGGCGCGUGUUGGUGUACGACCUGGGCGGCGGCACGCUAGACGUGUCAAUGCUCACGAUAUCAGAGGGUGUGUACGAGGUGAAGGCAACGGCGGGCAACACCCGCCUAGGCGGCGAGGACUUCGACAACCGGCUGGCGGCGUACUUCGCGGAGGACUUCCGCAAGCGGUACGGGCGUGAGGUCCUGGGCAACGCGAAGGCGUUCCGCAAGCUCAAGUCCGCCGCCGAGAGGGCGAAGCGGUUCCUCACGUCCGCCGCCCACGCCACCGUCCAGGUCGAGUCGCUGUGGAACGAGAUCGACUACUGCGGCAAAGUCACGAGGGACGCGUUCGAGGAGCUCUGCUCGGACCUGUUCGAGGACGCUCUGCAACCGCUCGAGCGGGUCCUGAGCGACGCCCGGCUGAGGAAGGAGGAUGUCCACGACGUGGUCUUGGUCGGCGGCGGCACGAGGAUGCCGAAGAUACGGGGCCUGGUGCGAGAUUUCUUCGAGGGGCGCCCGGUGUCGUACUCGGUCAACCCCGAGGAGGCUGUCGCGUGCGGCGCCGCGAUCCAAGCGGCGAUCCUGUCCGGAGAGAGGCACGAGAGGAUCCAGGACCUCCUCCUAGUCGACGUGGUGCCGCUGUCGCUCGGCGUGGAGACCGCCAGGGGCGUGAUGUACAAAGUGAUCGAGCGGAACACCCCGAUCCCGUGCCGGCAUACCAGGGACCUGACCACGCUGGAGGACUACCAGAGGAGCAUGACGAUCGAGAUCUUCGAGGGCGAGAGAACUCUGACCAAGGACAAUAAUCUUCUCGGCGUCUUCGAGCUGGACAAGAUACCGCCCGCGCCGCGCGGCGUCGCCACGGUGGACGUGACGUUCGACGUGGACGCGAACGGGAUUCUGUCCGUUGUCGCCCAGGACAGGAGCACGGGCAACACCAACAGCAUGGUGAUCACCAACGAGCACCGUCUGAAGCAGCACGAGAUCGGCAAGAUGAUAGCGGACGCGGAGGCGUUCAGAGAGGAGGACUCGGAGAACAAGCGGCGUCUAGAAGUGAGGAACCAGCUCGAAAGCUACGUAUACAGCGUAAAGCAGACCGUCACGGAGAACAUUGAUAAGCUGACCGCGAACGAGAUCUCGACCCUCACCAGAGAGUGCAAGGACGCGAUCGAGUGGCUCGAGUUGAACCCCGACUGCCUGCGGGAGGAGUACGAGAGGAAGAUGUCGGAGCUGCUGACCCACUGGUCCUGCGUCAUGAGGAAGUUCUGCACCUCGCUGAGGCACAGGGCGAAGAGGCAGAGAAGCGAACUCCAAUGCGAGCUCGAGGGAAUCACGCCCACGAUGCUUGAGAAUGUGGACAGUGGAGAU